AUGUCGAAGAAACACGAAGAAAAUGAGCCGUUGCGAGAUUUGCACGGCAAUGUUGAGAAUACUAAGGAAAACAUAACCCAUGUCGCGGAAACUGCUGCAGACGUCGGCCUUUUACGAGGAACCCAAGAAGCAGUCGACGAAGGUUCUGCCGAGGAGCAGCAGGCGCGCCAAGCCGAUGCAGUGACCGGCGUUUCAAACUCGCCUUAUAUCAGAGAUUGGUUCGACCGACUGAUCACAUGGCUUCCUCAAGAGCAAUUCAACAACAUCAAGAACAACGUUUCUGCGUUUAUCAAUGAUGGGGUUUCCGAAGAAAAAACUGGCGAGAAGAAAAAAGAAAGGAUCUUUGAAAAUGCAAAGACUUUGAUUGAGAGGGUCUCGAGCGAAUUUGGAAGUGAUGGAUCUUUAACAAAGCUGCAGCAAUUUUCUUUGAUGAUUAUUCUUCACAAAAUGAUCGCGAAAGAGCUCGCCAAUCAGAUCAGAUCGAAGCUGCUUGACAUGCGCGACAUUGCCCGAAUCUACCUCAAAUUCUUCAAAGAUUUCCUCGUCCAACUUCUGUUCGGCUUCAAUCCCGAUGAGUUCCGUCAGAUUUGGGACGCUACGAUCGUCGCUGUUCAAAACUUCGGCUCAAUAAGAAUGUGCGUCGCUGUUGUGGUCGUUUCUUACGCGUGCUUUUAUCUGUUCAAUAAUUAUUUCAGAAAAUAA